ACCACAAUGCCAUUUUAAAUUUACCAUAGAAAGGGAAGAAGAGAAAUGUGGACGCAUAUACCUAACAAGGUUUUGUAAAAGGAUCAGGCGUGUACAAAAAAAACAAACUUGUGGGUUACAUGGAACCGGUUUAACCAUUGAACAUCAAACAACACAUGCAUAACGAUAAAAGGGGAACAUGAAUGAUUCCUCCGAUUCGGAGUACGAGGACACAGAGUACCUGGUAUUUGCGGAUUUCAAGAACCACAUCCACCCGCACCAGCUGAAGCACGAGGACGCGGCCAUUAAGGUCAUCGGAAUCGAGAGUGACACGCCUAUGGCGGAGGUGAAUGGAAGCAUCUACCGGGGACGCUACGAACAUUCCGUGGGAACCAACGUGUUCUUCGAGAAGGAAAAGGACAACCUGGCAAGUGAUCCGCUUUUUGAGUCUGUGUGUCGCCAGCGGUACCAGUACGUGGACAAAUCCACCAAGGUGAUAUCUUUUGAAAGGGUCUACGUGGACAAUUUGCACCAGGAGGUAGAGAAGUCGGCUGAGGCUGAACAGGACGAGCAGACCGAGCCAAAGCCAGAAUCUCUGAAGCUAAAUAUAACCUACAAGGAGGCUAUUAACAAGUUCGGAGAAGAUCACUGAGUGUGGAGAGCUGAGUGU